AUGAAACGAACGACCAUCACCCUCGAACUUGAGGGUGUGCAUCUUGAGAGAACCCCUGUUAUCGUUAUCGCCGACGACGACUCGCCGCCGACAAGCAUUGGCUACCAUGGCAGAGACAGCUACGACAUAAUUGGAUGCACAGUCAAGGUUGAGACAGACUCUUAUACAUGGAUUGCAGAUGACCCGAGCGCGAACCAUGCCUUGGCUAGGAUGAUCGACGGACACACAUCGUCAAAUCAUGUGAUAGGACAAAUUCAGCGGCGGUUACAAAAUUGCAAGGCACACCACGAAAAUUGCCAGUCUGUGGCAAGUGCCGUCAGGCCGCAUCGUUUUCUUCUAAUUGAGAAAUUGCCUGACGGAAAUACCAGUGUGAAGGUCAUACGUGCAUUCGGUAUUGAGAACGGUGAUACUGAGCCGUACGUUGCGCUCUCCUAUUGUUGGGGCCAAGACCAGGCUUUCAAAACUACAUUGGCAAACCAGGUCGACAUGGAGGCCGGUGUCCCAGUCAGCCUGCUCCCAAAAACCAUUCAAGAUGCCGUAAACUUGACCAGUGAACUCCGAAUCAGGCUCCUUUGGGUGGACAGCUUGUGCCUUGUGCAGGACGAUGAGGACGAGUUGGCCAAGGAGAUCGCCAAUAUGGCGCAUUAUUAUGGCAACUCUUGCAUCACGAUAUCGGCAGCCACGGCGAAAUCGUGCGGCGAGGGAUUUCUACGUGACAAACCAGAAUUGCAUACCAGCGAAGACGACAUACUUGGCCCGUUCUACUUCCCAGUCGAUCUCGGGGUACUGGAAAAGCCUGGCCGGCUGAAACUUGUCACUCGAAGAAGCCGGAUGGAGGCUAUCGACUCGCGAGCGUGGACUCUGCAAGAAGGACUGCUUUCGCGUCGUUUGGUCUCUUUCGGCUCUCGCAUAGUCAGAUGGUCGUGUCAGACGAAAUCCUAUGGGCCACAACACCAUACUCAUCUGCGGGACUCCUUGAGAGAUUUUCGCAAGGGAAUUUGGUACCAGCCUAACGGCUCUAAUGACAAAGUCUGGAGAAACUUGAAGCUCUGGAGCACUCUGAUUGAGAACUACACAGCCCGGACCCUGUCAAAUGAGCAGGAUCGACUAUCGGCAAUUUCGGGCAUUGCUUCAAUUCUUUGCCAGAGCCACAUGGGAUGGAGUACUGGUAUUCUUACGGGCUCUAGGCUGAGGCUUGAGCGUGGCGAUGAAGACUUUCGUUGCCCAGAACCAGUAUCGGGACAAGAUCUAGCCAAUCUUCCGAGACUGAGACCUCCAUCGCCUAUCUUACACUCCAUAUCAUUACCCUCAGCUGGACCUUUAGGGCAGAGUGACCGGGCAAAUUAUGCGGCUGGUCUCAUGGACGAGCCUGUUGCCAUGGGCGCAUUAUUUCCCCACAGAUACAGGGAAGAACUUGACACCACUUCCACGCUUCUGACUCUUCAGCUUUUAUGGACACCCAAGUGCAUAAAGAGCAUAACCCAAGGACAGUGUUCUCAAUCAUCGCCUUACGUCGCCCCUUCAUGGUCGUGGGCAAGCCAUCGGGGUGCAGUGAAAACAUCAAUCCUCCACAUUGAUGACAGUCUACUAAAUAAGAUACACGUUGCGACUUGGGAACUCGAACUCAGAGUCUUGAAGAUCAGCAUUUCCCUAAGGAGUCCCGAAGCACCUUACGGAGCAUUAAGCGGAGGCUCAUUAACUCUGAAAGGCCCUGUCUUCCGGCUGGAUCGCCUGAUGAUGGCUCGUACCGUCUUCGAUGCGAAGACACGAAACAGCAACCGUCGAGCUCGAGCGAGCAAUUUCUGCCUGCAGGUCAUUCCACGACUCCAAGGGCUACAAGCCAAGGAUCUUGCACAGCUUCGUAAGAUCCCGCACGGCAUCGUUCUUGAACCAGUUGCUCUCAGAAGCCUGCUUCAAAGUGGCAACAAGGUUUACCGUCGAAUUGGCGUCUACUAUGAGAAUUACUUUGAUAAUGACUCAGACAGAUCAGGAGAGAUCCUGGGAGAUGAUCAGACACAUCUGCUCAGCAGGUUCCUGGGAGAGCCUCCCGUCAUUAGGGCUCGCCCUAGUCCUCGACUUGGCAACCUUGAGAUCAUUGAGAUAAUCUGA